AUGUAUAUCGGCAAUAUUUUGCAGCAUACACAGUCUUUGUACUCGCUUCAGUAUCCGAGAUAUACUUGUGGAGGCAAGCGUGGUUUUGCAAGUGCAGACAGUGAUUUUGCAAGAGCCAUGCUGUCUUCUGCAAUGAUUAUUCUCGGUCAGCACCACCUUCUCCAUUUCAUUGAGGUGGCACUCUGGCUUGAACUUGAGCGGCUCAUCCUAUACUUUAGGGUUUUUGCCCAGACCGUUGAUGGAGUAGCUGUUGGCUAUGCUAAAGGGAAAUUGAAACACUUUCCGUUCAAUCCAAAGUUAACAGUUGACGUGAUACCAGCUGACAUGGUAAUCAAUGCUCUUAUCAUGGCCAUGGUGGAAUAUGCAAACCGAUCCACUACUUCAGAAAUCAUUUAUCAUGUAGGAUCUUCAUUGAGAAAUCCGUUCAAAUUCUCAAAUUUUCAAGAAUUAAGCAUUCGUUACUUCGCUCAAAACCCGUUGAUUGACAAAGAAGGAAAGCCAAUAAAGGUUGGCAAGAUUAAAGCUUUCAGAUCCAUGGCUACUUUCCGUAUAUACAUGGUGAUUCGUUAUUCGUUGCCAUUAAAGGUAUUCCAUCUAGCAAUCAAUACUGUUUUAUUCCAGAAACCCUACAAGGACAAGUACACUGCUCAUUACAGAAACUUGAAGCGUGGAAUGCGAUUAGCUGAGCUCUAUGAACCUUAUGUGUUCUUUAAGGGCAUAUUCGAUGACACCAACUCGGAAAAGUUGCAAAUUGCUGCAAGAGAGACUUGUUCAGAAGCAGAUGCCUUCAACUUUGACCCCACAAGUGUUAGUUGGGAAGCUUACAUGAUGGAUGUUCAUUUUCCUGGUCUCGUAAAAUAUGUGCUCAAAUGAUACAUUGCCAGAGAGCAUUUGCACGGCGACAUUUGGGCAUACUGUUCCUACGAACUGUCUUGUAAUUGAUUGUAAUGGUGUUUUUUAUUAUGAUGAAAAAUAAAAUUAGUGGACAAAAUAAAUUAUCCAA